GCCAUCACCUCCUUCCCACCGCCGGGCCCUCUACGUCCCGACGUUACGUACAUUCCCCCAUGUUGCUGUGGACAAGCUGUGGCUGCUUUUGCUCUGUCGCCGUGUCUCUUCACUGCCCAGGACACCGUCGAGCGAUGAGCAGAAAGUUUUUAUGGGGCUGUUAUCGGAAUCGGAGCCCCCCUAACUCGAUUAUAUCAUCGAAACUCGCAUUCGUGUCGCAUGUGACGCCUGCGACGCAAGAUGCCUUGCGAACAAGGUUACAGGUGGUCCGAGCAACACAACUCUGAUCUAUGGCCUCAAGUCGGACGCGGCAUUGCAGCACCCGCUCGUUCGUCUGCAAGUACAUAUGUGUGGCCCGGAUCACUUCCGUCACAGCGAGAGUGGCCCUGGCAUGACAGUCAGCGGCAGUCCGUCCGUACUUAUUCGCUCGUGGCGUUUUCCUGCAGAGCAAAUUGCCCACCUCGCAAAAACACUACACGUGUCCGGAGCGUGU